CUUGUUGCACAGGGCCGGCUGGAUAUGGAGGGUGCCCUGACCGCCAGGGACCGAGUGGGAAUCCAGGACUUUGUUCUUCUGGACGAAACCACAGAAGUGGCUGUUGUCAGCAAUCUGAAGAAACGUUUCAGCAAAGAUCUAAUCUAUACUUACAUUGGCACACUGAUUGUGUCUGUGAAUCCGUACAAGGACCUGGACAUCUACACUAAGAAACAGAUGGAUGUCUACAUGGGUGUCAACUUUUUUGAGCUUCCACCACACAUCUAUGCCUUGGCUGAUAAUGCAUACCAUGCCAUGCUGACAGAGUUCAACAAUCACUUCAUCCUCAUCUCUGGUGAGAGUGGAGCAGGAAAAACUGAGGCCUCAAAGAAGAUCCUGCAAUAUUAUGCCGUCAGCUGCCCAAGCACCACUUUAAUGAACAACGUCAGAGACAAGAUGCUCAUGUCCAACCCCGUCUUAGAGGCUUUUGGGAAUGCAAAAACUCUGAAAAAUUACAACUCAAGUCGGUUUGGGAAAUACAUGGAUAUUCAAUUUGACAGUCAGGGGGACGCUGUUGGAGGCCACAUCCUGAACUACCUGCUGGAGAAAUCGAGGGUUGUGCACCAGAAUCAUGGAGAAAGGAACUUCCACGUUUUCUACCAGCUGGUGGAAGGAGGAUCGGAUGACCUGCUGACCCAGCUGGGCCUUGAGAGAGACGUCCAGCAUUACUACUACCUAACGCAGGGGGAAUGUGCCAUUGUGUCGUCUAUAAAUGACAAAAAUGACUGGAAAUCCGUCAAAAAUGCCCUGCAAGUCAUUGAAUUUGAUGAAACUAACACCAAUCAUCUGUUUAGGGUGGUUGCAAGUGUUCUCCAUUUGGGAAAUGUUCACUUUGAUCCAGACAAUAAAGGUCACGCCCUCCUGAAGAACAAUACGGAGCUGAACUGGGUUUCAGAUCUUCUGGGGGUGGAUGCCAACAAGCUUAAGGAGGGACUGACAUUUAGAAAGAUUGAAGCCAAAACAGAGCAGGUCCUCAGUCCAUUCACAAUAGACCACGCCAUCUAUGUCAGAGACGCCCUGGCCAAAGCCAUCUACGGACAGACUUUUACCUGGUUGGUCAACAGGAUUAAUGAGUCUAUGGAGAACAAGGACUCUUUACGAAAGACUGUUAUCGGGCUUCUGGACAUAUAUGGAUUCGAGGUGUUCUAUGUUAACAGUUUUGAACAGUUCUGUAUAAACUAUUGCAACGAGAAACUGCAGCAGCUUUUUAUCCAGCUGACGCUCAAAGCGGAGCAGGAAGAAUAUGAAGCUGAGGGAAUCGAGUGGGAGCCGGUUCAGUUCUUCAACAAUAAGAUUAUCUGUGACCUGGUUGAGGAGAAACACAGAGGAAUCAUAUCAAUACUGGAUGAAGAGUGUCUCAGGCCAGGAGAUGCCACCGAUCUCACCUUUCUGGAGAGAUUAGAACAAAAGAUGAGCAAUCAUCCACACUUUGUGACACACAGACUGGCUGACAAAAUGACACGAAAGACUCUGGAGAGGGGAGAUUUCAGACUCCUGCAUUACGCCGGGGAGGUCACCUACUGCGUUGUGGGUUUUCUCGACAAAAAUAAUGACCUGUUAUACAGAAACAUAGAAAAUCUGAUGUGUCAGUCAAAAAAUACAAUUGUCAGGGAGUGCUUCUCUGCUGUGGACACAACAAACAAGAGAAGACCAGAAACAGUAGCGACCCAGUUUAAGAACAGCCUGCAGAAGCUCACAGAGAUGCUCACGGCUAAAGAGGCCUGGUACAUACGCUGUCUAAAGCCCAACGAGUCCAAGCAGCCAGGACAGUUUGAUGAAGCACUGAUCAGACACCAGGUGAAGUACCUGGGCCUGAUGGAGCAUCUCAGAGUGAGAAGAGCUGGUUUCGCUUACCGUCGGAAGUAUGAGGACUUCUUAAAGAGAUACAAACCCCUGUGCCCGGCCACCUGGCCUCACUGGAGAGGAAUACCUGCUGAUGGAGUUGAAUUGCUGGUUCAACACCUGGGCUACCUGCCUGAUGAGUACAAAAUGGGAAGGACCAAGAUCUUCAUCCGUCAUCCCAGGACUCUUUAUGCCACAGAGGAUGCUUACGAGAAAUGCAAACAUGACUUGGCAUCAAAACUUCAGGCCAAGUAUAAAGGAUACAAAGUGAAGGGAGAGUUCAAGAAACAGAAAGAGGCUGCAACAAAGAUUGAGACAUGUUGGAGAGGAGCACAGGCCAGGAAGGAGAAAGAGAAAAGAGCAUGGGCUGUAAAAGUCAUCAAGAAGUUCAUCAAAGCCUACAUUAACAGAGGGGAAGCAAAAAGCACAGAUAACUCGGAGUACCUGGCCUUUGUGAGACAAAGCUACUUGAACAGACUGAGAAACAAUCUGCCAAAGUCUGUUUUGGAUAAGACAACCUGGCUAACUCCCCCAGCUGUGGUCACUGAGGCAUCAGAGAUGCUGCGGAAGCUUCACUACCGUCUGAUGGUGCGGAAAUAUGUACGAGGAAUCUCACCACAGAAAAAAGCACAACUUCAAAUGAAAGUUGUCACCAGUGCAAUCUUCAAAGGCAAAAAGGAAAAUUAUCCACCAAGCAUCCCUCAACCUUUCUUGGACACAAGAAUCAGCGAGCAAGAGAUAAACAUCCGGGUUCUUAGUAUGAUUCGCAAUGAGCAGAUUAAGUACUGUGUCCCAGUGAUUAAGUAUGACAGAAACGGCUUCAAACCAAGGCCAAGGCAGCUCAUCCUCACCAAGACUGCUGCCUAUCUGGUGGAGGAAGCCAAGAUCAAACAGCGAGUUUCAUACAAUUCUCUCAAAGGGAUAUCUGUAAGCAACUUAAGCGAUGGCAUCAUUGUAAUUCAUAUAACUUGUGAAGAUCCCAAACAAAAGGGAGAUCUGAUCAUGCAGUGUGAGCACCUGUAUGAGUUUUUAACCAAACUCAGCAUCAUUGCUAACAAACAGGAUGCAAUCAAAGUGGUUCAGGGCAGCAUAAAGAUCAAAAUCCAGUCUGGCAAAGAGAGCGCAGUAGACUUUACCACAGGGCAGGAGCCCAUGGUUUACAAAGCCAAGAAUGGACACCUGAUGGUGGUGGCAACACGAACAAGGACACGGUAAAAUGUGAGGACACGCAAGAAGCCCCUGCAUAUUUAAUCAGGAGACCCCUUAGGAGAGAAUUAUGUCGACAGGAUACACACCCGACCUUAAAGAGCUGCAUCCCUCAUCAGACAGAAAUAAACUUUUCAUUUGUUUUAGGUCAAGUUAGUUUCCAGCACAAUAUUUACCUACAAUAAAACUACAGUUUGAUAUCUUAUCUAGUAAAGUUUAAAUCUGAGCUGUUAAUUCAGAGGUUCACUUUAAGUUGAAAAAUCAAAUAUGCAAAAAAAAUAUCUGACUUGAGGAAACCAUA